AAAGACAGAAGUGCCUGUGCCAUGCCCCUGACCACACCUAGUCCAUUAGUAACUGUACAGACUGAAUACAAGAUCAUUACUGUAGGAUCUGGAGAUUAGCAGACAGGAAGAAUACCGGAGGCAUCACUGAGUUCUCACAGGACACAAGAAGACAAUCCAAGAGACACACUCAGCAGCAUAAGGGUGCCGCGUGUGUGGAUCCCAGCAAUGGUCCUUAUGGCUCCCAGGGACUCGUUCGCUGUCCGCUUCCUGGUGGUGCUGAAGGAGAUGCUGGCCUUCGUGCUGUUCAGCUACACGGUGCUGAUCGGGGCUCUAUUGGUGGCUGGAUGGACAACUUACCUUCUUGUGCUGAAAUGAAUGCCUGCUAAGUGACCAGCUGCAAUAGGGUGGCCGAGACGUCUAUUUCGUACAAGCUACUGUAUUUUCUCUGACCUAUGUCCUGAUGAAUACCACGGCGCACUUAUUAUGCCUUGGCAGGAAGUUUGAACCUGCAAACCAUCUCUUGCCUUAUAAACGUUAUAGUACUGUAAAAAUAAAAAGUAAUAUAUGAGAAAUACUUAACACGUUUAAGAACAUACCCAUUUUAGGGGAGAUUUACCAAAGCUUGAAGAGAGAGAUAAAGUACUAACCAAUCAACUCCUUAUUGUCAUUUUACAGGCUGUGAUUUAUGGUACUUUCUGUCUCUGCAAGCUUUGAUAAAUAUCCCCCUUAAUGUGUUAUUGAAAAGUAUUACAUAGAGAAGAGUUUCUCUGUAGGUAAUGUAAAAGGUUAUGUUUGCUGUUCGCAUAAUACUCAGCUGCGGUCUAUUUUGAUUAUCAGUGGUUUAUUCUAGGAGAGCUGUAUAUAUUCUAAGCAUUGUUUAUCAUUCUGUUGUCUAAAUAUUUUCUGGAUGUGUGUCCCAAUAAUAUACAGUUCAUUUAGCACCUACUGGUUUUCUAACCAUAUCACAAAAACACCCCAAAACAACAACAACAGCAUAUACAGCUAUAAAUAAAUGUAUUAGAUAUUUUAUAAAAUUCUGCUGAUUCUCUUUUAACCUUUGGUAUCCUGAUUAACUGAAUAAUCUAAAUAAUAUAGUAAACAUAGUGAUCAAUCCAAUUUACCACAAGUUAAUUGCAGCGUAAAUAAAUGCGUCUGUAUGCGGCAUUUAUAUACAGUGGGACUUGCAGAUUUUGGUUUGCAGCCCCGUAGAGAUGCGUACAAAAUUCCAGGAGUCCAGGAUGAAAUCGGUCCACAUGGGGAGGAGUGAGGGGGAUGAUGAAUUGUGGUGUUUUUGCUGUCCUUUCGAUGCCGCUGCAACAGAAAGUCUACUCUUAAUUGGAUUGAACCCAUUACCAUAAUCUACAAUUGUUACUGUCCAGGUAGAAAUUACAUUUUCAAUCCUAAUAUAAUUCACAACAAUACACAGGUUGUUUUGCACUCUAAUGACCAGAACUAUUUGCAUGUGCAGUACAUGCAAUUCUUUGCGUUCCCUGGAAAUAGCUUUUUUAUGCCACCUAAGCAAAUUUUAGCAAUUUUUUUUCAGGACAAAUAGCGCUAUCGUUUGGUAGAAUGCUAAAACUCAUAAUUUAGCAAACACAUAUAGGCAAAUGCAAGAAACACUAGAACUUAUUUGAGAUUCAAACUAAGGUUGAGUUCAUGAAAACAGGCCAACUUCAUUUACCACUAUAUCUAUUUAGCUAGGUUUCUGAGUAAAUGAAUACUGCUGUAUGUACACAUUUAUAAAAUGUUUACUAUUAUUAUGUAAUUAUAUAGCUAAUUAUAUUUUAUUUCUAUGAUUUUUUUUUCUGUAAUGGGAGACAUUCAGGAGUCCACUUAGUCUCCCUUUUAGUAACAAUUAUAAUUGUAUGUUCUGAGAGAUUGGAUCUCCGGAAUGGUUGUGUAUAAUACUUUCAUACUUUUCCGCACAGGGACUUAAGGAGCUACAUCCCAAUGGUAAAGAAAAUUAAACAUAUAAAGCUUGACAGCUCAAAUAAAUAGAAGAAUGUGUUUCUAUUUUUUGUAUUUUAACAUUUAAAUAUAAAUGUUUUCAAUAAUUGCUAGUGAUGAUCAAAAAUCACUAUUUGCAUUUCAGUGUAACAAACUGCAUACAAAAU